UCUCGAGUUAUGGGAAAGUUGGAAGUGAGUUAGAAUUUUCGUCAUUUUUUUUCUUUGCCUAAGAGCAGGUGUCGACGCUGACGUUGGAUUAUGUGACUUUAAAGAUGAGUUCUUCCCUUUGGAAUGGACGGGCGGCCGGAAAUUCUUCACACAAGAAUUACAAGUACAGACGUCUUUCCAGCGCUGAGAAUGGAGCAGGCAACGGGUACAUUUCAUGCGAAGAGGACGAGGAGGAGAUAUUCACAUCACAGGCCUUUGAGCUGAAGAAGAUUGUCAAGAAAUCUGACGGCCAGGAGAAGAAAGGGUCCUCUGGCAGCAGUCCGGUGAAAUUUGUUACCGAAUACGAGCAGCUGAUUGAUCGACCCAUACAGAGUGGAGAGACGCUCAGGAGCAUAUCUCUGAAGUACAGGAUUCCGGUAUCAGAAUUGAAGAGAAUAAAUAAGAUCUUCCAAGAGAACGAAUUCUUUGCCCUAAACUCUUUGAAGAUUCCGGUGAAACCCAACUCCGUUUUGGCGGAGAUGCUCGACGAAGAGAACAGGCAGAGGCAGGAGAAUGUUGCCAGUACUCGAGCUGCAGUCUUGGGCACAAGGAGUGUCAGCAGCUGCAGUGAGUGUGAGAGUGACUCUGAGAUGCAUGUAGGCUACAUUAGCAUCAACCGCAUCCUGAAAGACACGCGCACCAAGAAGGAUGCCAAGAGGUUCCUGGACAACAUGAAGCGAGACCUGGCCCAGAUCCGCGAGAAGACCAGCACAUACAAGGAGUCUCUGGAUGAAGCUGCAGCCACACUCACUGACCUGCGGUUUCGCCCCCUAGAGCAGUCAGACAAGUGUGAGGGGGCCGACUGGGGCAUCAGCUGGUGGAAGAUGAUGGUGGGAGCAGUCAUCCUCCUGAUUGGGAUUCCUUUGCUCUUCUUCUGGUACGAGAGUCACAGUAGCUAGGGCUUUGCUGAUGGACUGAGAAGGAGCAGGUGAGGGAGAGAGGACUUUGAAGAACUCAGGAGCACUGAGGAGCUUAGCAGAGUAAGCUACUCAUCAAAUAUAUUAGAAACUUUCUUUUCUGGACUCUCCCUUUUCUUGCUCCUCCAGAAUAUUGAUUUAUCUCCAGUGUUUACCUUUUCGAGGAACAAACAGGUUUAUAAUUUGUGCAUCCAUGAAACAAAGGGAAACCGUAGUGUGAUCUUUGUUGUGUAUUACAUGGUCUACAAAUGGAACUAGCUAAUUAUUUCAGCAAAUCUUAUUCCACUUUGUGUUCGAGUUUGAUUCAAGAUGAAUUGUAUGUUUGGAGGAAGUGAUAGCUAUGUUUUUUUGUUUUUUUGUUUUUUUUUGUGCAUUAUUGGAGGUGCAUUUAUUCAUCGCAGUUGUUAUUGUUAUAUCUCCCACCACAUUUAUUACGUACUGUAAAUCUUUUCAUGAACAGACUUCCAAAAUACUUUUAAACUAAACCAGUGAUACAAGUCCCUUAAUUGACUAUUGCAUCAGAUUAUUCAAUUUAAUGUUGAUGCCAAAGUGCAAAUUGCUGCCAGAUGAAUUGAAAUUGAUGACUGCUUGUGUGAGUAGGAGAAAUGAGAUUAUAGAAACCAAGUUGAAUGUGAUAUUUUUCUGUAGCUUUCUAUAUUAUGAGAAAAUAUGACUCGGUGAGUUCUAGUUUUGAUAUUGUGAAUUUUAUUUACAAAUUCCAGAACAUCAGUAAUGGUGAAUGUUGACCUGUUGAUGCCAAGAUACAUACCCUGUCCACCUGUAUGCAUACCCUGUCCAAUUUGAUUUUAGUUUUAUUUUUUUUAUGUGUAGAUGCCUCCACAUGUAUUUGGUCAUGUAGGAGGCAGUUACUAAGCAUACCUGAUCUCUCUUAUUAACUGGAAUCCUUUGAUUUUGGAAGGAAAAUUGUUUAUUCCUCUAACUACAAGUAUUGCUCGGAAUGAUAAGUAAAGAUAAUGUCAGUAAUAAUAAUAAUGAUAGCAAUGUAAGUAAUGAUAAUAUUAUUAGAAUUAAGAACACUUCCUAAAAAUCCAAAGAAUGGGAAAAAUCAAUGCAAUCAGGUAGGCUUAGUGACUGACUCCUUGCAAACUAAGUGCUCAUGAAGCCAUUUAUAUGUAAACAAAAUAGGCAGAACAAAACUACGGUGGACAGCUCAUGUACUCAAGCACCAACUGGUAAAUGACAGGACUGUUUUAUAGUGCUGUUGUUAUUAUAUAUAAAUAGAUUUUAAAAUGUUGUUAUGAUUAUGCUUUUUCUGAUAGUACUGUACUUCAUGUCUAGUUAUUACCGUUAUUUUAGUAUUAAUUUUAUUAUUUUUUAUUCACUUAUUUUUUGUUUGUUAUUAUUAACUGUUAUUUAAGAGCAUUGUCUUUUAGCAGAUAUAUUAGAGAGAGCUUUUGUUGUUAAUAUUACUGUUAUGAUUGUUAUUAUUAUCAUUAUUAUUAUUAUUGUUAUUAUUAUUAUUAUUAUUAUUAUUAUUAUUUUUUUUCUUAAUUAUUAUUAUUAUUAUUAUUAUUAUUAUUAUUAUUAUUAUUAUUAUUAUUAUUAUUAUUAUUAUUAUUAUUAUUAUUAUUAUCAUUAUUAUUAUUAUUAUCAUUAUUAUUAUUAUUAUCAUUAUUAUUAUUAUUAUUAUUAUUAUUUUCAAUUUGAUUAUUAUUAAUUAGUAAUGUUGUUGGUGGUAUUAUGAUUAACUUCACUUUUUUUCCGUUUUAUGGUGGAAUACAUUAAGAUAAGUCUUAAGAUUGUCGUAGAUGUCUGUUUACUUAUUUAUUUAUUUAUGUUAAGAGAUGGUGCUCUGAAUGUAUACAAAUAUAUUUUUUUUCUAAUUAUUUUUGAAUUAUUUUUAGCAUUACUCUUGCCUUCAUUGUUGUCUUAUUAUCUGUUGAUGUUAUUGUUAUUAGGGCUACUGACUAUCACUAUUAAAACAUGGUAGGGGAAAAUCCACUCGAAAUUAUCUUUUGUGUGGAUAUUCUUUCUUUUUUGGGGGUUUUAGUUGGAAAAUUUAUUUUGAAAGUUAUAAUUUUCGAUCCUCUAUAGCCUAUGGGUUUGCUUCUCAGCUCUUACAAGAAGAAGAAAAACUGAAAUGCUUUUCUCUUAAAAUUUAGGCCUCACUGAAUAUUACUCUUGAUUGCAGUAUUUGUGCUUGUGGAUUUAUCUUGAUUUGUAUGUGACAUAUAGAUCUCUGCACACACACGCACAUGCACACGCACACGCACACGCACACGCACACGCACACGCACACGCACACGCACACGCACACGCACACGCACACGCACACGCACACGCACACGCACACGCACACGCACACACACACACACACACACACACACACACACACACAGAACAGAACAGAACAGAACAUAAUUUAGUGAGAAUGUAGAUGUUACAUACAAAGAAAAGAAAGUUAUAUUGGGGAAACCACCUUUUCUCUAUCAUAUAAGACACAGAUCCCAAUAGUUUCCAUGGGGUUCUUGUGACAAAUAACAUUGACACUUUUUUCUUGUAAACUAUUAAAGUCUUUAAAGGCUGUUAUAAUACCUGUGAUGUCUGGCUGAAGGUGCCAAUAAUGGGAUAGCUUGUACAUAUUAGAUGCAUUAUUGUAUUAUUGUAACUAUAUUGGUGAAAAAAAUGUGCAAUCAUGCAAAUGACAUUACAGAGCAGUGCAGUAUGUCAUGGUUGUCAUGGGGUAGACUACAGGGUCUUUUGACAAUAAUGGAAAUAAUUAUAUUUUAUUUUAUUAUAAAAAUAAGUUGAAAUAUUUUUGAAGAUAUACUUCUGAGCAAAUGAAAGGGCUUGAAUGUCAGCUUGUUUUAUUACUGUUGUUAUUAUUAUUAUUAUUAUUGUUUUUUUUUUGUAGUAAGUAUUACGAGCUUCCAGGAAUCCUAUCUCAAGCUGCAUAAGAUUUUUAAUGUGCAAAAAGAAGCUCAAUAAGAAGUUUGAAGUUUCACAUGUAGUUUUUUAUUGAGUUUGUGAAGGAAGAAACAAGAACGAAGAUUUUAAAAUUUGGUGCCUCUUUUGUUGAACAAAAUGAUGUAAUAGUUGCUGUAAUUCAGUAGAGGUGGCUGAAUAUAAGAAAAAUCAUAAUGAAUAUUUUGAAGAUACAGUUUUAUGAAAUCUUGAUAUUUUUCAUAUUGCAUAAGAGGUUUUGUCAAAAAUAGCUUUGUAAAAUGAAAAAAUGAGUAUUAUUUCCUUAUGUACAUAUACAGUCAAGGAGAACAAGUUAUUGAUUAUAUAAAUUGAUAAAAUAACAAGUUGUAUGUUGCUGGGUGUUUAUUAUAAUGCAUAAUAAUCCUACAUAAGGUUGUGUAAUCUUGUUGGAUGCUAGAGUAUACAGAAGUCUGCAAAAUCAAGUCCUUAAGGUAUAUGAACAAUUAAAAUUUGCUAAUGUUAGUUCAUUUGGGUUAUGAUAAGCAGCAAGGUUUGUUAACUGUGGUUGUUGGACUGUUUUCAUUUCAUAAGGGAUAUACAUGAACAGGUGCACUCACAUGUACAUAUACGGUCUGACCUUACUCACACGUCAAGCUUACAUAACCCCUAAAAAGAAAAUCUCUUGAGGUAUGAGAAAAAUUACAGAUAGGAUAACUAUAUAAUGAAUAAAAUUGCAGAAGCUAAUUAUAGAAUACUUGUAAGGUCUAAGUUUAACUUCUUACUUACUAACCUGCUCACAGUGCAAAGAAGAGGAAGGUAUUUUAUCCACAAAGAAAACAGUCUUCAGAUUCUAGCAUUAUGUAUGUUUAUGCUCAGGAACAAUCUUUCACAACAACUUCAAAUGUUUUUUUUUUUUUUUCAAGACUAAUAAGGAAGACCAUUUGCUUGGUUGUCAGAUUUGAGUCUUGGAGUUUAUAAUCGGAGUUCUCUUUAGUUUAUCUUCUAGAACAUUUUCAUCCUUGGAGUUUAAACUUAUCCGUUGGUAUUUACUAAUGUCUUCCACCUCUUUAUCCUUUUUGCUCCAGCCAGUAUAACCUAGGCCUUAUAUCCUUUUAUUUAUUUGAAUCCUUAUCAGAUAGGGAAGUAUUUGUGGGUUGUAAUUAAUCACAGGGAAUGGCUGUUUCGUGCAGCAUUUUUUGUAGUUUAGAGAAUUUUUCCCCCCCUCCUUCCUUGACACAAAAUGUGCAAGUCUUGUCAUGUAUAUUGUGUGUGGAACCUAUGAAUGUAGAGAAUUUUAAAUUAAUGUUUAGGGAAAAUUAAAAACAUAUUUAAUCCUUGGGUAGUGGUAUUAUACAAAAUACACUUUUGUGGAAUUUUGUUACCUGUUAAACUUAUAAUUUGGGUUCUGUAUAUCAAAUUCUUUGAUUUCAUAUAAGCUUAAAAAAAAAAAAUGAUCAUUAAGAAUCUUGUUUUGCAAAGAGAAGAAUAUAUAUAGAAAGAACUAUGAGACAUUUGUUAAAGGAAUUAUAGCUGGGAUUCUUUUAGUUAACCCAAUGAUGACGGGUGAAGAAAACAAAAAAAAACUCUACACUCUGGCAAACAAUGGCGGUGCGCUGAUGUUGAGCGUGUGAUUUCGGUACAUCAGCCCAAAUCACUGGCUCGCUUUGGUGCGCUGCUGCGGCGUACAGCCGCACGCCACUUUUUGAGCGAUUUGUUUUCACGCCUAUCGGUGUCACCCGUCGGGAAGGGGAUUAAGCUGUCAUGUAAUUUCACACAUGGGACCAAAUAGAUACCUGCUGAGACUUGCAUUUUAUUAAUAAAUUAUUUUACCUUCAGCAACCAACUCCUCUUUUAUGUCCAUGCAUCUAGCUAUCUAUAUCACUACUAAUUAUUCUUCAGAAAGUGAGUGUGAGUGUGAGUGUGAGUGCGAGUGAGAGUGAGAGUGAGAAUGUGCAUGCGUGCGUGCUGAUAAUUGCUUAUAUUUAACCCUUCCUUUUCAACUAAGGAGAACCAAGUGCCUUGUAAUGUAUUGUAAAUGCAGGAUUUUUAUGGGUUUGGUGUUGGAGUGAACUUUUAAGUAUUUCUACUGUAAAAUGUAGUCAGUAGACAUGAGUAAAUUGUGUAAUAUUAAGGAAAGUAUAUAUUUUGUAAAUAAAUGUAAGUUCUUGAA